AUGUAUCAUUAUACCGGUCCGCGCCGCUCGGUGUGCACUGCAGUUAGUGGCCAAGGCGCGCGCGUGUGUGCUUUUCUCUCUUCUUCAUCCUCGUUCGUGUCGUGUCGUGUUGUUAUCGUUGUCGUUGUCGUUGUCGUUGUCGUCGUCGUUGUCGCGGUCGUCGUCGUCGUCGUCGUCGUCAGGAUUGCGAUUCGUGAUUCGUGAUUUUGGUCUUGAAUUUUAAAUCGACAUUUAUUAACGUUAUAUCGUGUGAACCAUUUUUAUCGAGGGAAAGAGAGAGAAACGAGGAGAGAAAAGAAAUUAGAAAAGUUUGUUUUAUUAUACGCUGAUUUGAUUAAUAAAUCUUUAGCGAAUUUGUUUAUGUAUACGUUAAAUACAUACAACAAUUGAUUAAUUUAACAGAACGGGAAGGCGAGCCGCGCGUUCGCGCGUGUUUUCACUAACAGCUAGGAAGCUGAUGAUUAAGUGUCGUGUGUGAAGGAAAGAAUAUUUAAAAAUAAGAUAACAAGAGAAAGAAAAAGAGAUAGAAGAAAAUAAAUGAAUAAAUAAAUUUGGAUAAUGUUGACGGGGUAUGUUUGGUGUAAGGAUAAAAAUAUGAAGAGAUUUACAUCGAGCUGACCGAUCUCGGGAUUAAUCGAAUUAGUUUUGGAUUUAAUUUAAUUUAAUUAAAGAGCGGAAAGAAGAAGAAAAAUAAAUAAAGGAAGAAAGGAAGGAAGGAAGGCGGACGAAUCAAUUUCAAUUAAUAAAAUAAUAAAGUGCAACAAAAUUAGGAAAGAAGAAGGAAAAAAAAGUGGCCGUGUCGUUAAGUGGAGGUGAAUUGAGUGAGAAUAAUAAAAAAAGAAAAGAAUAUAAACGGGGUUUAGAUAGAAAAGGAAAUAAUAAAGAUAAAAGAAAUAGAAAAAACUCUAAUAAUUGUAAGUUAAAGAUCUUGUUGAAAUAUUGAAAAAGUAUCCAAUGUCCUUGGCUGGGGAAGAAGAUAAAAUCGAACUAAUCCAAGAUUCGGGCCCCGUACGGGUGUCGCGGUAGGGCGGCGGCGGCGACGACGUCGUCCGCGACAAAUUUAUCAACGCUCGAGGCUGCUCUCGAGCUCGGCUUGAAGGUGGAAAGGCCAAGCAGCACGACGACGCUCAAUUUCACGGACCUGGGGAGCCCAUUCGGGGCGGGCGACCCCUGUCCGUCUAGUACCCCGACCCCGAACAGUAUGUCGGGUGGUGCCGGUGGUGGACCGUCGGGUGGCGGUCAAGCCGGUGGUGGAAACGGUGGUGGAAACGGUGGAUCCGACAUGGACCAACAUCUUCAUCACGGUGGACUCGGUUCGGUGACACCAGGACCACCUGGUGGUGGUAAUAAUGCUGGUGAUAGUACAACAUCAAGUACACCGGUAUCCCAAACUGGUAAAUCAGCAUUCAUCGAACUUCAACACAAUAACCUCUACAACCCGGCCAGUUUACGGGGUGGAUACCCAUCUGGACAUAACGUACCUGGUGCACAUCAAUUUUCUCAUCAGGUCAGCGCCCUCGGACACCAAUCCUCUGGUCCCGGUAGUGGGAAUCAACAACACGCUGAGCCUGGAUUCCCAAGUCCUAGGUCAGCGCUUGCUGGAUAUCCCUUUGGACCGAUGCAUCAACAUAAUGCAUAUGGAUAUCAUCUUGGAUCUUACGCGCCUCAAUGUCCCUCGCCGCCCAAGGACGGUGAGUACCCUAACUGGUGGUGCAUGUUCGCAGACCUCUCGCCAUUGGGCGACAAGGGUGGAAGUCUGGUAGAUGAACUUGGAGGUGGUGGUGGUGGUUCACUGAGGAAUGGCAAGGGUAAAAAGAUGAGAAAGCCGAGGACCAUCUAUAGCAGUCUGCAACUUCAGCAGCUGAAUAGGAGGUUCCAAAGAACACAGUACCUGGCAUUACCAGAAAGAGCAGAACUUGCAGCAAGCCUUGGACUAACUCAAACGCAAGUAAAAAUAUGGUUCCAGAAUAGGAGGAGCAAGUAUAAGAAGAUGAUGAAAGCAGCACAACAAGGUGGCGGUGGGGGUGGUGGACAACACGGUAGUUUGUUAGCCGGUGGUACUGCCCUACCUGGUGGCCCUUCACCUCAACCUGGUCAACCUGGAAGUCUCAUGCAAGGAGAUUGGCCGGUUAUGUUAACAGGAGGUGGAAGUUCUGUUUCGGGUAGUCCGACGACAGGGUACCUAGGAGGAAUGGGGGGUGGUGGUGGUGGUCACACCCCCGGAAGUUCGAGUCCUGGAAGUGAGAUGUCGCCUCAGCAUAACGAAAGUCCCCCUGCACCCGCCUGGCCGGGUGAGAUGAAACACCAUCCUCAUCCCCAUGCCCCACCACAUACUCACCAUCAUCCACACACGCCUGGACAUCAUCCACCUCCACCACCACCACCCCCACAUCACGCGGGUUACAUGCCACAGUACUCUUGGUAUCAAGCUGAUCCUAAUCCUGGACUACUCACGGUGUGGCCGGCGGUUUAACGAAGACGUCCCCCGAAUCGUGUCGAGGAGGAAGAGGAGGAGGAAGAUGAGGAGGAGGAGGAGGAGGAGGAGGAGGAGGAAGUUGUCCGCCAUGUUCUAGAGGACGUAGUACCAGAUUAUUCGUGGCGCCAAUCACGAACAGAUAUCUCGCGUUAAACGUUAAAUAUCCCCCCCAGCCCCUCCACCAACCAACCAACCAACCAACUAAUCGAGUAACCCCCCAGCCCCCCUCCAAUUUUUUCUGCUCGAAUCGAAAUUUUGGUCAGUUUCUUUUACUUUUUCAUUUUUUUUUUUUAAUCAAUUAUUUUCCUUGCUGCAAUUUUUAAAUCAAAAAACGCGUGUGUGAAAAUCACCCAAUUACCACCUCGUUACCCCUCAGACCACAUAAACACAAACAACGCCCCCCCCCCCCUACCUCCCCUCUCUCAAACCCCUUAAAGUUUGUUUCAUCGAGAGACAAUGAUGGACAAUGAAAUUCAUCCUAAAUCUCUGAUUCCUGUGAAUUCGUUCAUUAUUUAACAAACAAACAAAUAAACAAAUAAUAAAGGAAAGAAUAUAAACAAUGAAUGGAUUUGUGGAGAUGACAAGGUAAUGAACAAGGGGAUUAAAAUGAAAUGAAUAAGGAAUUAAUGAAAAAUUAUUGUUGGGUAGAAAAUAAUAGACUCCCACGGGUGAACAUAGAUUUGAUCAUCGAUCGUUAUGGGGAAAAAGAAAAAAAAAAUAUGAUCGAUCAUCGUGUAUAAUAAAAUAAAAUAAAAUAAAAUAAAAUAAAAUAA